AUCUGGCCAACAUGACCUUGGAAACAACCUGCCAGUCCGAUUCAUCAGCGACGGCCGGGUAGAAUGGACUGUGGAAACCCUGACACCACCGUGUGUGAUGCUGACCCCUUCUACUUUCCGGCAGACACUAUGGAAUGCCACGUCUGUUUUGCUUCUGCCAUAGCAACGGAGCAAACAAUUCAAUGCCAAGGGGGACGCUCUACCACAGGCAAAGAAAACGGCCCAUGUGACUCUUUAUCUGCUUCACGAACGGAAGGAGAAUGGUACCGAAUGGAUCAGAUCUUCGCCAAAAACAACAGAGAAGCGUGCUUUGCUUUACAACUGUCGAGGAUCCCGCUGUUCCACAUCGCCACGACUGUUGGGCCCUGCGUCAUACUGGUGGUGCUGAUGAUCAUCACCUUCAUCAUGCCCAUGGACAAGGGGGACCGGAUCUCCUUCGGAGUCACCAUACAACUGUCUAUGGUCGUGUCUCUUGUAUUCGUCACCGAAGUCCUCCCUGUCAAGGGCGCGCUGCCAUUUUUCGCAACGCUGAUCAUCGUGUGCAUGGGCUUGAUGGGUGUCUUCUUGUUUUUCACCAUCGCCAUCAUUAUCAUUCACGACAAGCAGGGGAGUCUGUCUCCGGCGAAAAAGACGUUCUUUCUCCGCUACAUGUCUAGGAUGCUGCUGUUGGGAGACCUCAGUCACCUCACAGAGAGGGAGUCGAAGGAGACUGGCCCUGUGAAGCAGGACAUCUUCGAGCUGACCAACGAUGCAUUCAACCCGGAUGACGUGACAGCAAUCGACGGGGAAGGCUUCGCUCAAAUAGAGUUCGGUAAUGACAGCAGGAAGCACCAAUCCUCUGGUCUGGAGUCCAACAUGUUGUCUUGCCUCUCUAAGCUAAUGUCCAGUGUGGAUGAGCUGACCAAAGCGCUAAAUCAUGAGGAGGAGGAAGUGACCGACUACACGCUGCUGGCCGAUGUCCUCGACAGGCUCUGUCUUGUCUUGUACAUCGUUAGCAUCGCGGCAGCCAUUCCUAUGACCAUGUAUUUGGGCAAAUAA